CCAUUAAAUAUCAAAAGUAUGGACCAAUAGAUUUAUAUACUAAAGCUGCAAAAAAUACUUAUCUCAUCACCAAUUAUUUUGUCUCUUCUGAAUUAUAUAAUAAUAAUAAUGAAUUACCUAAGAUUGCACCAGAUAUACAUCAAGAUAUUGUUAACAAAAUUUAUAGAACUGAUAAUGGAACUAAUAAUGAAGAAAUUAUAGAAACCAAUGAUAAAGAAAUUAUAGAAAUCGAUAAUGAAAAAAUUAUAGAAACUGAGGGAGGAAGGGGGGUUUUUUUAGCUAAG